CAAAGUCCCAAUGUCCUGGCCAUGAAACGAGCCAUGGAAUCAACAAAUUAGGGGUUGUCCUGGGCUGCCUGAGAGUGUGUGUCUGUGCUGUGUGCGUGUGUUUGUGGAGCCUUUCCUUGGUUCAAGGAAUAAAAUAUUAUGAAAAGGACAUUCUCCUGGCCAGUGGAAUCAUUUGAUGACCCAAUUAUUAUUAUUUUUGCUCAGCAUCUCGACUUAGCCGGGACCAGAACCCAGACCUUAACCCUUGAGACCUCAACCCUGGUCAACCUCAACCCCUGGUUAUGCCGGCACUUGCCUGGCUUCAUCGCUUCCGCGUUUUCCAAUUAGUUGACAAUCAACUAACAAUUUUAUUGGUAGCCUCCUCAUCCGCAUCACUAUCUACUUGCAGCACCUCCUGCUCCAGGCUCCAGGUUCCAAGCUUCCGCCGCCCUCUCGCCCAACCCCUCGCAACCAGCUCUAGUUCUAGCUCUAGCUCUCGCCUGGCUCUAGCAUGGAGGAGCUGUUGUACCUGGCGCUGGGCCUACUCCUGACCAUCGUUGUGCUCUAUGGCCUGCUGGAGCUGCACUACUUCCUGCGCAUGUGCCUGUGCGUGGUGCUGGCGCGAUUCAUCAAGCGGCGAUGUCACAUCCUGGAUGCCACCACAGUCAAUGGACUGUGCCUCACCAAUGACGUGGACACAUUGCUGUAUCAUAUGAAUAAUGCCCGAUACUUUCGUGAAAUGGACUUUGCCCGGGUGGACUUUUAUGAGCGGACGAACCUGUAUCGCACCAUCACAGGAAUGGGUGGAUCCGUGUUCCAGGGAGCGGCCACCAUACGUUAUCGCCGCUUCAUACGACCCUUUCAUAGGUUUAACAUUGUGUCGCGGAUCAUCUACUGGGAUGAGCAGUCGCUGUUCAUGGAGCAUCGUUUUGUGCGUCCCUCGGAUAGGUUUGUGCACUGCAUUGCUAUUUGCCGGCAGCGUGUGAUCGAUGUGUCCAUGGAGGCUGUAAUGGCGGAGCUCCUGCCACGCACUUCCUCUAAUGGCUUCCGGGCCACAGCUCUUGCGACGCCAAUGCCGCUGCCCCUAAGUACCGGCACUGGCACCGUAACCGGAACCGGAACUAGAGAUCAGGGUGGCAUAAGCAAUCCAGCUAUGGAUACUUCGCUGGCGGAGAAUGGACAUGCCACGCCUACGGCAACGAAUCCUUCAGCCGGAGCCGGAGCCGGAGCAGCUGCGACGGCGCACUGUGCCAAGCUGAAGCCUUCGCUGCCGCCGGAGUUGGGCAAGUGGAUUGAGUACAAUGACAUGUCUAGCAAGAAUUUGCGCAGCGGCUGCUGACUGGUGUGGCAAACCGGAAGUACUAAGGGCAAACCGGAAACGGAACCCCACAAAUUUUUUUUUCUGUUAUUUUUUUUGUGUCAUGUGAGUGUGUACGUCAGUGCCUGUGCCCCUGCGUGUAUGUGUGUGUUUGUAUGCUAAAUGUGUGCUAAUGUUAAUAGUAUUUAAAUUGUAAGCUAUUUAAGUGUCUGGAAACAAAAGCCCGCCCUCCUUUGGCCUUAACUAUUUGUAUAAUUACCCAGAGAUGAUUGAUCAGUCAGUCUGUCACGCCUCUCCACCCCUGAUAUUCCCCUUGGUAGUCCACAGUGUGUAAGAUUACAUUGUACAAUGAUUGUUUAGUAAAAAUACAAAAAAGGAAGCGAAACAUAAACUAUAAAAGAUAGUUAAAAUGUCAAGGAAUGUUCUUUUCUUUUUAGGUUUGGGCGCCUUAGGGUAUGCAACAAAAAGGGGAGUUAAUUUGGGAAAGAAACCAG